UCUAGACUAAACUCGUGUGGCUUACCUCAACAUCCCCCGCCUGAAACCCAAGGUUGUCUCUUCCCAAGUGUUCAAGAUAUCCAGACAACACACUAUUCGCAAUGACUACUGAAGCGGAACAUCCUUCACUGAUAACUGGAGGCUGUCUUUGUGGGUCGAUUCGAUACGACGUAUCCUUCGGAUCCUGUCAGUGCACAAUGUGUCGAAAAUGGACCGGCUGCUUAUAUCCCCAAUUCUUGACCGUGUCACUCUCGCAAGUCUCACCAGCGCUCCCCUCUUUCCCAGCCUACAAGGAGUUCCCCUCUUCUCCAGGCUGUCUCCGGGGAUUUUGUUCCGACUGUGGAAGCUCAUUGGUCUGGAAGACGGAGAAAACACCCGAUGAGCUCGCCUUGUUCAUUGGCACAUUGGAUGAAAAGUGGUUGAUCGGGGAGAAGGGGGCUGGUACCGAGAAACCGAUGGAGCACGGCAUCAGGGUCCAUAGCAGGGGAGGGCUAGGGGAACUUCUAGCUACACCAAGGAAUGGCCAAUAUUACUUUGAGAAUGCGAUUGAGGGGGUCACGGACGGUGCACGAGGGAAGAAGUAUCUUACCCAUCCGUCUAUAGAAGAAGGAUUCGAUUGAAUAUCGAGAAAUGGAAUACCAUCAAGUCAGGAUAGGUCUGUUUCUUUUUUUCGAGAUACUCCGUACAUGGAGGAUUAGUCAACAGGGAAAACAAUUUAACUUCUGCAGAUCUCGAACGUAACUCACAAACUAUCUACAGAAUCCUCCACGGCGAUGGGCCGUCAUCUCGUAUUCAGCCUG